UACGAGACCUGCUUCCUGCUGCGCGGCAGCAUCGGACGCAAAUGCCGCUUGACGGUGGUCCUCUGGCUGGGCUCCGCUUUACAGACAGGCCCUUCCGAGCAACGCCUGUGGAUGGACGCGCACCCCGCCCGACAGGGAUCAGUAUUGCUGAAAGCACAGAUAGAGAGUUUUGAAAUAAUUGCUUCAUUGGCACCAGCCAACGGUUUGAGGAGUGUAUCUACUGGGAAAAAUGGGUCGAUCUAACUCAAGAUCACAUUCUUCAAGAUCCAAGUCCAGAUCUCAGUCCAGCUCUAGGUCAAGAUCCAGAUCACAUUCUAGAAAAAAGAGAUACAGUUCUAGGUCUCGGUCAAGGACAUACUCACGAUCUCGCAGCAGGGAUCGUGUUUAUUCUAGAGAUUAUCGCAGAGAUUACAGAAAUAAUAGAGGAAUGAGACGUCCCUAUGGUUACAGAGGAAGAGGUAGAGGGUAUUAUCAAGGAGGAGGUGGUAGAUACCAUCGUGGAGGUUAUAGGCCUGUCUGGAACCGAAGACACUCCCGAAGCCCUAGGCGUGGCCGUUCACGUUCCAGAAGUCCAAAACGAAGGUCUGUGUCUUCCCAGAGGUCCCGGAGCAGAUCUCGUCGAUCUUACAGAUCUUCCAGGUCCCCAAGGUCCUCUUCAUCUCGUUCUUCAUCCCCAUACAGCAAAUCACCUGUCUCUUCCAAAAGACGUGCGUCUCUGGAAAAGCAGGCAAAGAAAACUGAAGGGGCUCCUUUGCAAGAUAGCCCCUUGAAAAAUAAAUCACAAGAUGAACAGAAAGAUACAUUUGAACAUGACCCAUCAGAGUCUCUUGACGAUUUUAACAAAUCAUCAGCAGCUUCUGGCGACAUUUGGCCUGGCCUUUCAGCAUAUGAUAACAGUCCAAGGUCACCCCAUAGUCCUUCUAUUGCCACCCCACCUAGUCAGAGUUCAUCUUGCUCUGAUGCCCCUUUGCUUAGCACAGCCCACUCAGCAAAGGACACUCCUCAACAUUCCCAUUCCAUUCAGCAUAGUCCUGAGAGGUCUGGCUCUGGUUCUCUUGGAAAUGGUUCUAGCCGUUAUAGUCCUUCUCAGAAUAGCCCAUUGCAUCAUAUCCCUUCAAGGAGAAGCCCUGCAAAGACAAUCCCAUCACAGAGCGCUCCCCGUGAGGAGGCUCGAGUGCGGUCAUUUUAUCCUGAAGGUGGUGAACAGGACACUACAAAAGGUGGAAAGUUUAUGAAAAGGUACACAGAUGAAGAGUCUAGAGUAUACCUGCUUGAUAGGGGUAAUACCAGGGAAAAGGAGGCCCAGAAGGAGAGAGGAUCAGAAAAAGGGAGGACAGAGGGAGAAAGGGAAUGGGAGGAACAGGAAACCUUAGAUUUUUUCGUUGAUAAAGAGACUGGGAAAGAAAAGUUUAAUGACUCUGAAGGGGAGGACACAGAGGAGACAGAGGAUUACAGACAGUUCAGAAAGUCUGUCCUGGCAGAUCAGGGUAAAAAUUUUCCUACUGCAUCUCACCGGAAUGCUGAGGAGGAAGGAACCAAAUACAAAUCUAAAAUAUCAAUCAAGGGCAAUAGAGAGAGCGAUGGAUUUAGAGAUGAGAAAAGUUAUAAGCUUAAAGAGACUGGCUAUGUAGUGGAAAGGCCUAGUGCAACAAAAGAUAAGCACAAGGAAGAAGACAAGAGUUCUGAGAGAAUAAUGAUGAAGAAAGAAACUCAGUCACCUGAGCAGGUAAAGUCUGAAAAGCUCAAAGAACUCUUUGAUUACAGUCCCCCUCUACACAAGAAUCUGGAUGCGAGAGAAAAAUCCACCUUCAGAGAGGAGAGCCCACUUAGGAUCAAAAUGAUAGCCAGUGACUCCCAUCGUCCUGAAGUUAAACUCAAAAUGGCACCGGUACCUCUUGACGAUUCCAAUAGACCUGCUUCCUUGACUAAAGACAGGCUGCUUGCUAGCACACUUGUCCAUUCCGUCAAGAAGGAGCAAGAGUUCCGAUCCAUCUUUGACCACAUUAAGUUGCCACAGGCCAGCAAAAGCACGUCAGAGUCAUUUAUUCAGCACAUUGUGUCGUUGGUUCACCACGUCAAAGAGCAAUACUUCAAGUCAGCUGGAAUGACCCUAAAUGAGAGGUUCACUGCAUAUCAAAAAGCUACUGAAGAACACUGCACCCGGCAAAAGAGCCCAGAAAUACAUAGGAGGAUUGACAUCUCUCCAAGUACCCUGAGGAAGCAUACCCGUUUAGCAGGUGAAGAGAGAGUCUUUAAAGAAGAAAGUCAAAAAGGAGAUAAAAAAUUAAGGUGCGAUUCUGCUGAUCUUCGUCAUGACAUUGACCGACGUAGGAAAGAGCGAAGUAAAGAACGAGGAGACUCAAAGGGUUCCAGGGAAUCCAGUGGGUCAAGGAAGCAGGAGAAAACUCCAAAAGAUUACAAGGAUUACAAAUCUUACAAAGAUGACAGCAAACAAAAAAGAGAUCAAGACCGUGCUCGGUCCUCCCCAUCUUCCUCUCCAUCUUCUUCUUCAUCCAGUUCUCGAGAAGAAAAGGAUUGCAAGAAAGAAAGAGAUGAAGAGUUCAAAACCCACCAUGAACAGAAAGAAUACUCUGGUUUUGCAGGGGUCAACAGGCCAAGAGGCACCUUUUUUGGUUUGGCCCUCCUUUGUGUGUGAUGCCUGCAACUUGUUAAAUGGAGAAUGGCAUGUAAUAAAAAAUACACAUCAACCUUUAAACAGCUGUAUUGAGGAGAGGAGAUGGUAUACUUGUUUUUCAGUCUUUCUUUGGCCUGGACUAGCCACAGUGAGCAUGAAAGCUCAUUAAUUUAGCUCUGGAAUGUGUUUUCGCAUUGUGAUUUGGAAAGUAAUACAUUGACCACUGUAGUCUUCAGAAAAAUCUUAAAAGUUAAAAAUUCCAUGUUAAUGUAAUUACUGAUACUUCAAUUGGGAAAUGUAGAAGCAUUAAGAAAAAGCUAGCAAUCAAUAAAAGAGGCCUUAAGAAGAUAUGGAACACUUAAAAACCCCCAAAACAUACCCCCCACCCCCCCAAAUAAAAAAAAAAACUACAAGAAAAGCCCCAAUUCUGUAUUUGGGUGGGUGGGGAAAAAACUCUGACUGACUUAAUGGGUAGGAGUAAUGUCAUACUUUCACAAUAAUCCCUUGGUGUAGCUUAAGACUAAGUAAUGCUAAAAGACAUUGGUAUGAAUGUACACGUAAUAGUUUCUAGUAGUGUAAAAUUCUGAACUGCAGACGAGUAUCUGAAAUGCCUGUGAGGUAUGCAACACUUGAGUUAAGGUUUGACUCUUCCAUCUAAAAAACUGUAGCUACUUAAAAGAAAAUUCAAAGUUCAAAAUUCCUAGCACAAAAAAGGCAUAAUUUCCUUUCUUGAUAUCUUUUUUAAUACAAAUAUACUAAGGAACAUCUAUGUGGCAUAAAUGUAUAGAUGCUCAGAUGGUGUAGGCGUCAAAUAUAACAAUAUUGGUAGAAUUUCUAGCUGUAUAACGUAGUGGCACUGAGGUAGACAAAAGUAGCACUUAACUCCCCUCUCCUCAAAAAGAAUCAGUUGAAGAAAACUCAUAAUUGGUGGAAGCCUUUACUGCCUUAGAAAACCAGAUUGUAUGUAUCAUGAAAGGGAUUAUAUUUUACAUGAAAUUGAAGUCUAUUAAAUUUCCAGUUCACAUCAACUUCUACUAAUUUAACUGCUGGUAACUGCCAGUUCUGACUAUGGAUAAUAAAAUAAUAACUGGUUCACGUUCCCUAACGACAUACGUGGUCACACACAGGUUUACUAACAAGCUGUGUCUGAACAGAAGAACCUAAAUAGGCCAACCUGUGGACUUGAGUCUUGUCUUUAGGGAUACAAACUUGGAUACUGUUGAAAUAUACAGGCUGGCUAGUGUGGGAAUGCCUCAGUAAUUCAGUCUAAUAGUGGCUCUAUUCCAGUAAAUACUGCUUUGUUUUUGGAGUAAAUAAAACGUUUUUAUUGUGAAUUCUCCCUGAAGCAGGAAGCCUGGAUACACUGGGAGAGCAUAGCUUGCUGCAUAGAGGAGACUUCAAGCUAAGCUGUCAAUCUCAUACUAAAUCAGCAGUGAUUUUUUUCACUAAACUUGCCGACAGACGAUGUUUAUUCUGGGCUUCUUGUACAUAAAUGUCAUGAAUAGUUUUGAAGUAGGAACACAGAAAUAAGGAUAAGUAGAAUCUUUCAAUGAUACUGACAUUAAUAUCCAGCUCCUGAAGAAUUAUGUGUAACAGUUCUGUUUAAAAGUCUCUAUAGAAAGAGAAAAAUAUAUUUUGUCCUUUUUGUGAUGGUCUUUGCAGUAAGCAAGCCCAGAAAGAUAAUGCCGUAGUGGAUUUUGCUGCCUGUAUUUCAUUGCCUGAAAGAUGACUUGGGGGAGUGGAGUGUUAAUACAGUGUUGAGGAAAGCUCUAGAUGUUUUUCUUAAAGGGGAUCUGAUCAUAGGACCUAGUACCAGGAGGUGCUGACCUCCCCCACCCCCCCCGCCCCCUUUUUUUUUUUUUUUUAAUCCUAUCAUAUUUUGUCUUUACAUCCUCUCUUCUCCUGCACAGUGAUACUGCUUGUGUGCCCUAAUUUUGUAAAGGUUCAAAGCUAUUGGAAAUAAAGCAUGUAGCAUUUCCUCUCUUGUACAGGUUUUUUUUAGGCGAUAGUCUAUCAUUUACCAAGUCACUCUCCAAGCAGUUCUUUUUUUAUUUGCCUACAGUUUAUUGGAUAGGUCUUAGGAGCCUUUUAUGGAUUGUUUUUCAGUCUCUUUGAUUUCAGAGUAGUUCUAAAGCUGUCCAGCAUAAUUUCUGCAUUAGAAGUGUUGGAGCUUUGUGGAACUAAGUGUGCAUAAUAAUGCUCUUUCAAGUUAGUUAACUAAUUUUUUUUUGUGUAUGUUUAUGGUGCUUAUUUUCAACAAACUGAUUUUCAGCCAUGUUUUUGUAGUUAUUCUGAAGACCCAGUUCUGUGUCUUAACUAGGCUGUUCAUGGAAAUAGUGUUCUGUAGUAACUGCAGGUUUUAGCAGUCUGUUUUCCCAUCCUAGCCUUUCCCUACUCCCCUUGAAUGGUGGAUAUAAACUCUUGUUUGAUGUUAUCCACAAGCUAAGAAUUUACAUGCUGAGGGAUCUGUAGAUGCUACUUCUAGUGUAUUCUGAGUUAAGCAUUUUCCUUAUUGCUGUGAGACUUCUUAGCCUAACAUUUUAAAAUCCUGUUAAUUCAUUAUAAAAAAUAUUUAAGAUGUUAAUUUUCACUUCAAGCAUAGCUACUCUGUACAGUAUAUAUUCUUGAUUUUUUCUGAGUAAAGAAUUUAUCCAUUGGAAAUGUAAUGUGGCCUAAAGUACAUUUCUGAAUCUCAUUUCAAAAUGUUUAACACAUAGUAGAUGUACGUAUUUAGAAACUGCAUUGUUUGUAUGUAUUCUAGAAUCACUUUCUCAUAACUGAUAUGACUGACUUCAUACAUGACCUUUUUUUUUCCCUCUCCCGACAGUUUUCUCCCUCUUUCAGUCUAGUUUUUUCUGUUUGGUUUUUUGUCUGUGAACAGCUUCAGAAGUUUCUUCUGACCUUUUGUUGCAACACACUGGUUUACCAGCAGUCAAAGGAAGUUUCUUUUUGGUGAUUGUGGGUGAAUUUAUGCAGAGAACUCAAAUGUGUUUCAAUUAAACUUAAUAGAAUCAUUAUUUCAAAGUGAAUGCUUGAACAUAUUACUUAAG